CUAGUUCGCACCCUAUUCUGCCCUCCCACCCAUGCGUUCCUCUAUGGGGUGUUGUCGAUACAACGGGUCAUAGGAGCAGUAGGUCAGGCUCACUUUGACUACCGUGCAAGCGAUGAAAGGUACGUACUGAGGCCCAAUCCGGAGGUGAGGACACAGAGUAAGCGAUUGGGUCUCCCGGGUGUUUAUGUAGAGUGGUUGUAUGGGGACGAAGAGGCGGCAAGUCCGACGGAACAGGGCAUGCUGCUGACCUAA